UUUCCACAUUUGCCAUUUAGAUUAUCUGGCCAUUUGAAAACAACAAAAUGCAAAGGGCAGUCGCGUUUACGCAGCUAUCUUCCUUAAUAAAUUGCAGUGUACUUAGAAAAUCAGUUAUAUUUUCUAAAUUACCAUCAUUACACUGCCAGGCAAGAUGUAUGGGGAGUCAUGGUGUGCCUUCUCACUGGAAGACCCAGAAACAAAUUGCUCUCGAAAACAAAAACCACAUGGAUUGUAUGCCAAUACCUGAAGGCAGUUGGCAGGAGAGCUACAGCAACAAACAGAAAAAGUUGAACAUGAUGUUGGCAGCAAGCGCUUUAGCCUUUGGCAUUACAUAUUAUAUUGUUUAUAAAUCUGGAUGCAUGUACUUACAUACCGUUGACUAUAAAAGCUUCAAAUACAAGUCUGGUCUUUCAGGUCCAGGUGUUGUUGCAUCAUUUAGUUCAGGCUUCACUCUCUAUGCUGCAUCAAGCGAUGAGCCAAGUGCACCAGUGCCAACAGAGGAAAGUAACAUAAAGGCUAACAGCGCAGGAGAAAUAGACCUUACUACAUUGCCAGAAAUUCCAUCUGAGACUCAAUAUCUCAUCAUUGGUGCAGGAACUGCUGCUUUUGGUGCAUUCCGAGCAAUCAAGUCCAGGGACCCUAAAGCAAAGAUUCUUGUGAUCGGUGAAGAACAAGCUGUCCCAUACAUGCGUCCACCUUUAUCAAAAGAGCUUUGGUUUAAUGAAGAUCAGCUAGAAGUAGAAAAUAUGCAAUUCAGGCAAUGGAAUGGGAAGAAAAGAAGUGUUUUCUAUGAACCUCAAGAAUUUUUUGCAGAGCCAAGAAAGCUAAAUAGCUUAGAAAAUGGAGGCAUUGCUUUAUUAUUGGGCAAAAAGGUUGUUAAACUGGAUGCUGGAAAGAAAACCGUUUGGCUUGCUGGUGGCGAAAAAAUUAAAUAUGACAAGUGUCUGAUUGCAACAGGUGGAAAGCCUAAAAAUCUGCCUAUUUUAGAAAAAGCAGAUGCGCAGGUCAAAGAAAGAACAGUGCUGUACAGAAAUAUUGAGGAUUUUAAAAAGCUGGAUGCCAUUGUCAAGAAAUCAGAGUCUAUAGCCAUUGUUGGAGGAGGUUUCUUGGGCAGUGAACUCGCUUGUGCUUUAGGGAAAAGGGCUAGCAAAACAGGAAUGAAGGUCUAUCAGAUAUUCCCAGAAAAGGGCAACAUGGGUCGUAUCUUGCCUGAGUAUUUGAGCAAAUGGACCACAAAAAAAGUAGAGAGAGAAGGCGUUGUUAUAAUGGCUAACCAAUCAGUCACUGGUGCUGCUUUUAAAGAUGGGAAAGUUGUCAUUAGUACUAAUGAAGGAAACACUGUCAGUGUUGAUUGUGUAGUUGCUGCAGUAGGACUUGAGCCAAAUGUUGACCUUGCUAAAUCUUCAAACCUUGAGAUAGACCCAGUUAAUGGUGGUUUCUUAGUUAAUGCAGAACUUGAGGCUCGGAGAGAUUUAUGGGUGGCUGGAGAUGCUGCAUGCUUCUUUGAUAUGAAACUGGGUCGUCGUAGAGUGGAGCAUCAUGAUCAUGCUGUAGUGAGUGGAAGAUUGGCUGGAGAGAACAUGACAGGUGCAGCCAAACCAUACUGGCAUCAAAGCAUGUUUUGGUCUGAUUUGGGCCCAGAUGUUGGGUACGAAGCUAUUGGUAUUGUUGACUCCUCGCUUCCAACUGUUGCUGUGUUUGCAAGAGCCACUGAAAAAGAUAACCCUAAAGCCGUAGUAGAAGCAACUGGUGAAAGCCUUAGAUCAGAGACUGAAAUGAAAGCAGUUGAAAGCACAGUGCCUGUAAUUGGACAAGAUACCACAUCCCCCCUAGAAUCUGAAGAUUAUGGCAAAGGCAUUGUAUUUUAUUUGAACAACAAGAAAACAGUUGUAGGGAUCCUUCUCUGGAACACAUUCAAUAAGAUGUCAAUUGCCAGACAAGUACUUCGGGAUGGAGCUAGAAAUGAAGAUCUCUAUGAAGUUGCUAAACUUUUUGAUAUUUAUGAUACACUUGCUGAUGCUCCAGAAGACAGUGCUGCCCAAACGACCAGCAGUUGAAGAGAUUUAUUAUUUUCAUUUGUGAUAAAUAAAUUCUGAAUAGUAUUGAC